UCUGCGAACGCCACUCGAACUCGACUCGAGACAACACAACACAACAGCCGGCUUAAUUUGCCUUACAAAACUAGUUAUUUUUAGUGAAAAUAUUCCGAAACUUUCACAAUGGUCGACAUCAAGAAGUGCUUCUACACCACAAUCCUCUCGCAGACCAUUUCCACCGAUGGAAAGUACCUAUUUUGCGGUAACAAUUUCGGCGAAAUUUUGGUUUACAGUAUCGACCGGAUCGUGUCCUGCUCGGAGACCGUCGCCAACGAUCCGGACAAGCUCCCAACGGAACCGCAGCUGGUGUUCCUCCUACCGGAGAAAUGCCAAGUCUACAGCCUGUCCUUCCACAAGGAUUUCCUGAUCGUCGGUCUAAAUGGGGAAAUCUGCGGCUACCACUGGAACGGCAAAAACGGAACCAUCGGCAAGCGGACCUGGACCGUGAAGCUGCCCGCCUCGGCCGAGUACACCGACAUCAACGAGGUCAACUACCUGUGGCUGGACACGGACAAUGAAGUGCUGUACGCCGGAUGUGGCGACAACGUCAUGUACGCCGUAUCCCUAGAGGAUGGUCGCGUCAUUCGGCAGUACCAGGGCCACAAGGAUUACAUCCACUGCGUGUCGGGAUGCGCCGGAAGGAUUGCCACCGCUUCCGAGGAUGGAAGUGUGCUACUAUGGGACGCCCGUCAAACCACAUUCACCGGAAAGCUCGAACCGCACACAAACGCCGCCCUUGCCCGGGCGGAGUUCGGAAAGUGGCAAGGAACGGUCUCGAUCACCGAGGAUUGGUUAGUGUGCGGCGGUGGGCCUCGCUUUUCGCUGUGGCAUUUGCGAUCGCUCGAGUGUACGACGGAUUUCGCCUUUCCGGAUCGGCUGCACGUGUCCGGAUUCGUCGAUGAUGGCAUCUACGCCGGAGGUGAUUGUCGGAACUUGUACCAGUACAGCUUCAACGGGGACGUGACGGCGGAGAUUCCACUCUCGAGCCCGGCCGUGUACAGCGUGGUGCAGCAGACGGAACCGAAUAGGUUCAUGGCCAUUGCCGGGGCGGCGAGUCAGAUUGAUGUUUGUACGAACUUCAGCUAUCGGGACAUUGUGCUCAAUGCGUACAAGAAAUAAACUUUUGACUACAACUAUUACCUACGCAACAAAA